UCGGUUCAGCAACCGGAAGUGACGACAGAAGGCUCCCCUCUUGCAAUGGCGACUCCCACAGCAUUUGGCGCCGGUCCCACAGAAACUUUCCCAGUUCUCUCCAAACAGGCAUCAGCUGAAAUCAAUGGCAACCAGACAGAAGUGGUGUGCAGCUCCUACGAGGAUUACAUCUUCCUGAUAGUCACACAAUACAUGAAAAUUGGAACAUUGAUUCGACUCUCUCCAGAGAAUGUGGUUGAUUCACAGAGAAACCCUUUUGUCUCAUCGAAAGUUUUACUGGGAAAAGAUGAGCCAAUGACCCAUGUUUUGGCCAAGAACAUUCAGAUGAGCAUGUCAACAUCAAAACCGGUUUUAUUGUCUCUUGCUAUGAAGGACACCUCGCGUGAAACACUUACAGAAGUGAUCAAACUGGUACAGCAGUGCAAAGUAUGGAGUUAACAGUGAUGAGGAUGAAGAGGAGGAGGAAAGGUGCUGUCUGCUUGUACUGAUGCACUUUGUGUGUCUACGAUGCUGGAGGGAAUGCUGUUUUAAUUACAUUUUCUCCUUUAGGGAAAUAGAAAAAGAAAAACUUCACCAAAUGAUCCAUUUACACGUGGAGGUUGAAUGACAGUGGAAUUAAAUUUAUCACCAAAUGGAAAAAAUUCUGGAGCAAUGCAAACCCGACAUAAACGGUACUACAAGAUGCAGUUUAUGUAAUUCUGAAAGAAACCCCUAAAAGAACUUUAAUCUAAAACAACCAAAACUGUUAUUUAAUUUCACUAUCAGUAUUUCUUAUGUGCAACACACACUGGAUGUAGACAUCAUACAAGCAUCAGAUCAAAUAUGUCCCUUACGGAAGGUCUUUGAUAGCCAUCUCAGAAUUGCUAUAAACAUGCGAUUUAACACUGGGGAAUUAGUCUGAUGCAGCUCCCCAGCUCUGGUCAAACUGUCCAACCCAUGCCACCAUGGACAACAGGCAUUAAAUGAUGAUGAUGAUGAUAACUAGUAGUUACGUCCAAUCACUCAAUAUGUGUAUCCUCAUCAUUUAAUGUCUUAUGUUCCCUGCUGGCCUGGGUUGGAGGGUUUUCUUGGAUUUUUGAUGAAUCAAGGACUGCAGCGUUUGCUUUGGCAUGGUUUCUAUGACUGGACGCCCUUCCUAAUAUGCCAACCACUUCAUAGUGGGUUCUGGGUGCUUCUUGCCAACUGAGGUUGUCAUGCAGCUCACCAGAUUAUAAAUUGCAAUGGAUAGUGGUGGGGUCAGCUUUAUGUUGGGAAUUUAAGGGAUGCAGUUGGAGAAAGGAAGGGAAGAGCAGGUCCUUAUUGUAGAGCUCAUAUAUAUAUAUAUGUAUGUAUGUCAUCCUGUGCGAGUUCUGCCCACAACUCUUUCACCACCGACUUGGACUUCAAAGUCACUUUUGGCACAAACAUCAGCCGAGGAGACUGGAUGGAAACUGAUGAACCCAAUGCUUGGAUACGAGCUGGAGCUGACGUGGUCGAGACAGGUUUUCUACAACUGGGUGCCCUUCCUGUUGCCCACCCUCACCUGUUUCCAUGUAUAUCCUCUCUGGUUGGACAUGUUUUCAUGGAAGACUGGUUGGGGGAGCAAUGAUACCACUUACAACUAUCGUGUGAUGUCAUAAGUACCUACACACAUGUAUAGGUACAUAUGCCAGGCUUCUUUCAGUUUCCAUCUGCUCACAAGUUUUCGGUUAGUUUGGAAUUAUCGUAGAAGACGUUUGGCCAAGGUGCCACACUUUGGCACUGAAACAGAAGCCAAUAGUUAGGAAGCUACCUUUUUAACCACAGACUCUACCUGUUUAUAUAUAUAUGUGUGUGUGUGUGAAGGUGUAUAGCUUAGUGGUUGAGGUGUUGCACUUACGAUUGCGGUUUGAUUCCCAGACCGGGCAUUGUGUUGUGUUCUUGAGCAAAACACUUCAUUUUAUGUUGCUCUGCUAUCAUUUUGUCAUCUGACAUGUGGUACAUCGUGCACCUGUACAGGUAAUGUUGAUUUGAUGGAAGGAGCGAGAGCUUAUGUGCAACACAAAUAUUUGAUCACUAUAAAAAAUCACCUGUGUAGUUGUCCAGUAAGAGAUUGCAGAACCCUUGUGUCGCCUAAUGAUAGAAGGGUCCAAGAUGUAUACA